GUGACGUAGCUAUCACGUGAAUCAAGGAAGAGGAAGAAGAGGCGAAUUACAAUAAUUUUAUAUUUGUCUACACUAUUAUUAUUAUCAUUAUAAAGCAAUGUCUCAACAACAAAUUCCUACUUUAAAACUGUUACUUAUUGGUAAUUCCAACGUUGGAAAGAGUUCACUACUGUUACGGUUCACAGACGAUACUUUCUUACCACAAGAAGAGGUAUCUGCAACUAUUGGUGUUGAUUUUAAAGUAAGCAUGAUGGAAGUCAAUGGUAAAACAUACAAACUGACUAUUUGGGAUACUGCUGGACAAGAAAGGUUUAGGACCUUAACGUCAUCUUAUUAUCGUGGAGCUCAAGGUGUUAUAUUAGUGUAUGAUGUUAGCAAUCGAGAGACAUUUGAUGCGCUUAGUAAUUGGUGGAAUGAGGUCAAUACGUAUUGUUCAACACCUGACGUAGUAAAGAUGAUUGUUGGAAAUAAAGUGGAUAAGGAAUCUGCUAGAGUUGUAUCUUAUGAAGAAGGGCUAAACUUUGCAAGAAAGUUACAAACACUCUUUGUUGAGUGUAGUGCAAAGACAAAGGUUGGCGUAAGACAAGCAUUUGAAGAAUUAGUAGAAAAGAUUAUAGAAACGCCUAGUCUAUGGCAGAAGAAUAUAGCACCUAAUUCAAGUGUUCGAAUAGAACAAGAGAAUAAACAAGAUGCUGGUUAUGAUUACUGCGCUUGCUAAAAGAAGCGUUUUCCCCCUUUUUUAUAUAUAUAUAUUUGAUAAUAAAUAAGGCAGUUUUAUAUUACAAUAUGUAAACAAUUAAGCAUUACUUUAAUUUUUGAUCUCUUUUUUCUUUACUAUAAAUGUGUUUAUGUAUGUGUGCGUGAGUGUGUCAAUAAGGG